AGAACUUUAAAUUGGUGAAUUUAAUCCAUUCCUCAUAUAAUUUUUAGCGUUACUCGUGAGGAUGGUGUUGUCGAGACUUUUUACUUGUGUUGCUAUUCUGCUGAUAAUGAAUAAUCCGAGUGUAAAGUCGUUACUUGUAGAGCAGGCGGUCAUAAAAAAGAACAUCCCGCCAGGCAAUGCUUGCUCUAAGCUUCAAAAUAUGCCCGGGAAUGCCGAAUGCUUCAUACUUUGCUUGACAGAAAUGUCGAACUUGCACGCUUUCAGUCGCCGAGUGGACACCGGAGAAUGCCGAUUUUGUAAGACUCCUGAACAAACCUCAUCUGCUCCCAUAGAUAACUCUACCUGGGAGACCUUUUAUCCAGGUAUGUGUGGAGAUGGUUUUACUUAUACGGUGUACAAGGACGAGCCACUUUGUCUCUCUUAUAUCGUAAGUAAAGUGGAUAAAGUAGAUGCAAAGCAACAUUGUAUGAGCCAUUCCAGUGAUUUAGUAUCCAUUGGGUCCACGGAGAAACAGAAGAUGGUCGUGGGUUUUAUUGGAGGCACAAGUAUUCUAGACAUUUGGUUUGAGGGGAAUACAGCUGCUGGGUUAUUGCCCUUUGUCUGCGAAGCACCUCCAGUGUUCACAACAUGGAGAAAAUAAAAUACGGUGUUCUUGGAUUGUUGUUGAUGCUGCUGAGUUUGAACUCGUCUUGGUGUUCGUAUUCUGUGUUACUUGGAAGAAUGAUUUAUCAAUAUAUGUAUUUAUCAUUGAAUUUUGUAGUAAAAGGUAAAACAAGUAACUGUAGAUGAUAAUGUCAGUCUCUGUUAUAAGUUGUUUUAUCAUUUAGAUGUCACACACACUGCAGAUUGCUGUCAUACAAUAGACUGAAUUUCAACAUCCUUUAAAAGC